AUGACGAUAAAUGUUGGUAGAAAGAUGAGUUUUAUUGUGUUUCUGAGAUUGGAUAGACUGGAACUACAGGUGCUACGCAAGUUAACAACAUUUGGUCUGAGAAGUUAUCAAGUUUUUGUUCAGCUUAUUGAAAAUGACAAGGAAUACAAUCAAGAAGAUGGAUCUCUUACUCUUACCGAGUUUCUCUUCGAUGAAAAGCUAAGGUGUUGCGAAAGGGCUAGGGGACGACGGAGGUUGCGCAAGCGGGGAAGGAUAUUCGUCGUUAGCGACUGGAUUUUCCGAUUUCUCGACGGGUUUUUGGGAUGUCUUCCUCGACACGGCCUGCGACUAGCAUUCGCGACUACAGAUCAGGUAUGUAAGCUGGAGCGCGUUGUGGUUGACGUGGAAACCUCGGCGGGAAACUAUACGCCACCAAAAAAAGAAGUGAAAAAAUGGAAGAGAAUGUCUCGUGGGAGUCGCAGUAGUCAACCUCCAACUGUUGUUCGGGCGAAUUGGACGUACGAGCAGGAGAAGACCUUCAUGCACAUCCUAUGGCAGCAAUUUCAUGUCGGAAACCUUGCCGACACGAACUUCGCAACCCCAAUACGGACUAUGAUAAGGGCGGAGUUCAUACUAGAAAUUAAUACACCGUACUCGAUAGACUAACUAUAGGAGAAGCUAAGACGGAUUAAGGAUGCGUACAACAACCUGAAGAAGCUUGUUGUCCAUACAACGGGCCUAG